AUGGUUUGUUGAUUGAUUAUUGUGUGGUGUGGAGUGAAGUUAAAAGUUCGUUGUGAUCCAUCGUCACAUCUGCGGUGGAUGUGCUCGCAGAUAACGUGAAACGUGAUUAAAUACCUAAAUAUUUAAUGAUUAAUAAAUAAGUUGUGAAUUAAGCUAGAUAUCCUACUGGUUUCUGUUAAUGUUUCACACUUCAAAUCGGGACGUGUUGUAGGCAGGUAGGCUUAAUCGUCGAAAUGAGAGCUUGCCAAUUUCUUUUAUUAUUAUUUGUGUGCACCGAUUUUAUUUUUGGUACUGAAGACACAGAAGAUGAGGAGACCAGGAAGAGGAUACUGGACCAAUUAACAAAAACACGUACUGUGUUAUUAGAUGAUUACCAUUUGGUUACUAGGCAGGUUGCCACUGAUGUAUAUAUGUUUAGAAGUUACCGCACCGUUUCUGUUGUCUUCUACCCUGUUAUGAGGGAUGUUACCGACGCUCGCUUCACCUUCCAAUCUGAGGAGCUUCAUUUGAAUAACAUUGGAUCAUGCAAUCCACAAGAGGUGAUAGUAAACCUCAAGCACGGAUCCUACCCUGCAGUUAAUCCUGAUGGGUACGAUUUCCCCAAAGAUUUCUACGAUCCAGGGAAAAGAGAACCCAUUUAUACGCUAGAACUGCAAUCUGACGGCAGAAAUAAGACGUAUUCUAUAGAGAACCCUAAGCCAGGUAACUGGUACGCCUUGAUUUAUAUAAAAUGGGAGGAUCCGAGGACGCAAAAAGUUGAACAACAAGGUCUCGUCGCGAACUGCCAGACGAUACUGUACUCAGAUUUACAAGUAAAACGCAAUGAGAACAUCGAGUUGAUAGAUUGUUACAAUGGUGUAACAGAGAUAAAUUACGGCGACUUGCCCGCUCUCUUCAAAUGUAUGUCCGUUGACAGAGUCGACCCGAUCGCUCUCAAUAUCUCGAUAGUCAACACUUCCGUAGGGGACAACGAACUGUUCUUUAGAGUACAGGCCCUAUCUAUACCGACAGUUGAGGAAAACAUCAUACACUGUGCUUUCAACCCAAGAGCAAACAAUUUUCAAACUAUCACGUUCAUCCCUCACCCGAACGCCUGGCACUACAUCCACAUAGGACCUAUAGAUGGCAAUUCAUCCAGUAUCGCCGACUGCGAAUCAUAUUUCUUAAGAACAGACAUAGACGAGCUAGUCAACCACACAGUUACAGACUUUAUGCGGGACGACAAAGGUCGAUUUUUCACUUUCGACUACGGUGUGCCCACAACAGACAUUCAAGACACGACGAGUCUCAUCAAUCUAACUUCGUCUGAAAUAAAAACGUUUAGGUUUAAAAUCAAUCAGUUUUUAGACAUUGGAGGGAGCUUAUCAAUAGCGACCAGUCUUCUUAUGAGUGUUAAGUACUACAUGGGAUACAAGAGGGAGGCAGAAAAGGAAACAUUGUUAGCCUUUACUGAGGAUAACCAGUUUUUCAAGGUCGUGGUUUGUGUGGAUAUUGGUCACCCAAGUAUACCAUUGGAGAGUGGUCAUUGCCGGUACAAUGACAGGGUGACGCCGGCUUUGUUUGUGUUGAAUAGUACGGACUCGGACUCGAUAUACGACAAGACGUUAAUUCCGUUCCCUGAUAGUGGAACUUGGUACGUAACUCUUCGGUUGUUCUGUGACCAGAUUGUUUGUCCUUGCCGAAUUGGGGCUAACAAUACGAAGUAUUAUGUAGAUGCUGAUGGGAAGAAGGAAUUUGAUGAUUCAGUAGUUGGGUCGAACGAGACUCGUCUUGGUACGACAGAGUGCAAUGCAACUGCCGUGUUGACGGUGUCCUCAACGUCUUGUGUCUCUGGGAAGUGCAGUAACCAUGGCAACUGUUUGGUUAACACGUUCGGAGCGCUGAUGAUGUCAUUUUGCUCAUGCGUUUCUGGAUACGGAAGUUGGGACUGUUCUGAUAACUCAAGAAUGGACAGCAGAGCGUACAUGCUCCUUUCUGUACUACUCCUAACUCUGAGCAACAUUCUCUUCUUCUUCUCAAUUUACGUGGCGACGAUCCGGCUGUACUACACGGAAGCCAUGAUGUAUGCCUUCACCAUGAUCUUCUCAACUUUCUACCACGCGUGCGAUGCGCCUUCUCAAGUCGCCUACUGCAUUAUCAGAGGUAACAUCCUCCAGUUUGGAGACUUUUACUGCGGGCUCAUGUCUUUCUGGGUAACCUUACUUGCCAUGAGCAUUAUAAACGAGAGGAUACGUUCCUCACUACAACUUAUAGGUGCAAUAGUCAUAGCUUUACUUACAACUUGGAACAUGCACUCCUUCGUCUCCUUCCUACUCCCUGUCGCCGUCGGUACAUCAAUAGUCUUCAGUUCCUGGUACCUGGAUUAUAGAAAACAUAGGAGUCUCAAGUUCCCGAGGUCGUACUUCUUUAAGCACAUGCCUAUAGGUCUAAUAUUAGUUACUGUAGGUUUAGUAUCAUAUGGUUUCUUACAAACAGAACAAAAUUAUAAAAUUGUGCAUUCGCUGUGGCACAUGAUUAUAGCAUUAAGUGUCGGGUUCCUGUUACCCGAUGUGAAACGGGCGAAUGACGUCAACCCGUUCCUACCAAGCAGUGGUUACUACAAACUGCCUUUUCCCAGUAUAUUCCGUAGAUCUUCACCACCUAUAGCGAAUGAUUGAAGUCCGAGAGUGUCCGAAACAAUGACGUAUUUAUUAGAACAUAAGGGUUAUUUUUGUAACAUAAAAGUUGGUUAUUGUAAGACCAAUGUUGUAAUUAAGUACAAGUAGCAUAUUACUUUAGUAUUCUCAGUUUCUUUUUUUUAUUAAAACAAGAGUGAACAUUACGAUCAAAUAUAGAGGUGCGAUUUUUUACUUAGUCGUAGGAACAACAAUGAAAACUUAGUAUUUUUUCUACUAGUCAUCAAUGAAGUACAGGAUUGUUUUAUACAGGUCUCGUGUCAUUAAUAAACUUUUCUAUGGCGUAUUUUUAUAGUGAACUGACGAUGACGAUGGAAUUGUUGCAAAGGUAUAUUAUGCCAAUGUUGGUGGGCCAACAUUCCUAUCGCACUGUUCUAUAAUGAAAGCAGUGAUUGUUGGUGUUAGUGGACCAAUGUUUGGCAUGCGUUGGCGGUCCAAUAUGUGCCCCAUCUUGUAUGUAAUGUGAUGGUUAUACCAAAUAGAUAUUUACUCUUCAAAUAUUUGUAUAUACUGACGACUAGAGUAAGGGUAGAUAUAGGUAUAUCCAGAAGUAAUGUACUCAUUCCUACUAAUUUAAUAUAACGAAUUGUUUGUCCAAUCAAUUAAACUGUUGUACUAAAUGUUGAUAAUUAUUAAUACUACGUGAAUUAGAAUAUGCGACUUAAUCAUACGAACGUACUCGACUUGUUUCAAGCCACGACUGGGGUAUAUAAUCAUACGUUGUCGCGCAUGUUGCUCAUAGUUAUAAGCCCUGGUCUGGGCUUGAAACUAGUCGAGCGCACUCGAACAGAUAUGAUAAUUUAAGUCGUAUAUUUUAACAAAAUUUGUAUGUCUCACGAUAGUUAUUAUACACGAUAAACAUUGCUGUUAUAAAUGUUUAGAUAGGGCACAGUAAGAGGUCUUUGGUUCGAGCCCCUUGCCGGAUAAAGAAUGUUUCUUAUUGAGACUUACCUUUAAUGUCAUUUAAAACCGAAUUUCUGGAAUAUUCCAGAAAUUAAUUUAAAGUGUGUGUAUAUGUCAAUAAGCUAUAGAUGUGAUAAUAUUAUAAACAUAAUUGCUAUGUGAGACACUUCAAAGCUUUAGUAGUAAGGUGACAUAUUUAUAAAGAAAAAUCCACGCCCCAAACAAUUCGACAAUAACGUUGGAAAACUAACAAAACUAGACUUUAAUGAUGAUUAAGAUAAAGUUUAAUAUGUAUUGAUGAAGUUGCUUCCUAUUAAUUGCAUUUAGUUACCAACAUUCCUUAGUGUAUCUAUCGUUUUUUGCGUGUUUAGAAUAUUUUAUGUCAGUUCAUAUUCUUGUAUUAAGUUUACAAUGUCAUUCAUAAUAAACUGACUGCCUUCUUGCAGAGUAAGAGGGGUUGGUUUCCUCAGUCAGGCAAAAUAUUAUUGUGAUAAUUUCGUCAAUAGUGCGGUGUCUGGACAAUUACAGAUAAUUCCAGACUGCACUUUUCAAGGUCAAAGGACUUCUAAACAUGAUAUAACGACAUUUUAGCAUCAACUUUUCGCUUCUUUAACAUAAUACAUUAAAUAGUCAGAAAUGCACACAUUCAUUAAAUUAAAGCAUCUGAAUGCACGCAUUUCUAACUACUUCUGAAUUAAUGGAAAAUGUUCAAAGUCGAAGUCAAAGUCAAAAUCAUUUUUUUUAAAUUACACCAGAAAGGCACUUUUGAACG